GGUGACAGUGUUGAGGCUGGGAGGGUAGAGUCAGGAGCUGAGGGAGGAUUGAGGAAGCCCACAUUAGUGUGAGGGAACAAGCCGUGUCAGGAGGACAUUAGUUAUACGCUCUACGGUUCACAUCCACGCCUCAUCUACUUAACGAAGAGAACAUUAGCUUCCCUUGACACUACGUGUAGCCCAGUUAACCGAAUUGACACUCACGCGUCGCUCAAAAAAAAUCAAACUAAUAUAACAUUCCAACUUCGUCCAAUCAAGAAGCAGUUCUUCACUAAAUCAUGUGGGUGACUGUGCUGGCGCUGGUGCUAGUGUUGGGGCGAGGUACAGCACGUGACGAGCAACCUAACACCCAAUUGGCCUUCGAAGACCUAGAGCUGUUUCUGGAUCAGCAGAAAAAUUUCUUUAACGAGCGCUUUCAAACUCUGCAGCAGAAGGUGGAAGAGUCCUGCACCCCACAACCUGAACAAUACACGUCGCAAAAUACUGUUUCCAGUGAUUUUGACAUCAAGAUGGCCCUACUAAUUGAUGAGUUUAUAAACAAAUUAUCGACGAUAACGACGAGAGCUGUACAAGAUAUAGACACUAGGAUCAAUAUUUUAUCUAGUGAAGUCUUAAACUCACUGGAUAACAAGAUAUCACCACUCAACGACAGAAUUUCUCAGCUGCAGCAAACAAUUUCGACUCUGGGGACUCACAGUGACUUAGUGGAGUUGAAGGGUAAACUCUCCACUCUCAUCUCCACGACAACAUCAGACGUUAAAAGCAGCUUGUCGUCUCUAGCUACGCAAUCUCACCUCUCGAACAGUACGCAUGAGCUGGAUACCCGCCUUACCGAGGUCAAGGAGCUGCUGACCGACUGCUGCAAAUCGUCGACGGCUGAAAACAAGGAGAUAUUGAACGAAGUUUUGAACAAGGUAACGUUGAACAAAGAGAGCAUCGAAGGUGUGUCUACAGCUCAAAGGGAUGCUUUCACGGAAUGGGGAAACCAUCACAUUCUCACCGCUGGAAACUUGACCAGUAUAAUACACGACCUACAGCAGUUGAUAGAAAAUGGUAACACAAACCUGAACGACCUGGCAGGCAAGCUUGAUGGCGUAGCUGCCGACCUGAGUGGGAGACUGACAACCCUGGAGGUCACCGUCAAAGAGAUCAAGAACAACACCGAAAUUCCCCCAACAGCACCACCCACCACCACUACCACCACCACCACCACCACCACCUUGCCACCCACCACAAAAGGACCGCUGGUAGCGUGUGAGGACAGUGUGUUCAGAGGCAGUUCACCCAACCUGAGCGUAUGCGCUGCCGCUGUGCGCUUCAAGAAGUGUCAGCUGCAGUUCGUAUCCUUCCACUGCUGCCACUCCUGCACUGACGCUGGCCAGAUACCCACCCUGGGCUCAUGGAGGUACCUCAACUACCCUCGUGAGGUUACCAUACUUCAAGCUCUCAACUACAUGAGGCCUUAAACACUGCAACUAGUGCUGCCUUCCCCUCUCUUCUUACACAUAUUUUUGAAGACGAGACACCUUAAGCAUAGCUCUACUCCUGUAUCUGUAAAUAGUUUAGUUAAAUACAAAAGUGUUAUUAUGUAGCCAAUACACAUCCUGUGGGCGGUAGUCAAAAUAUUACAGACACGUAAUGGGUCCAGGAACUGGGCUCCAGUGUUUUGAUAGCUAAGCAAGUUAAAUUAGUAAUGAACUUCAUACUAGUUUACGAUCUGAUAACAGUGGUAAUGAGUUGUUAAGCCAGACAUGAAUUCAGUCACAAAAAUAUUAUGUAACAUGUGUAAUUAUGAAUUAUAACACCUUGUAUUUCAGUAAGGUAUGGUUGAAUUAUUACAAGUUUAAGUGGUAAUGAGUCAUAUACAAUAGGCAAAGCAGGUUUUUUUCCAGAAUAGUUGGUAAUAUGCCACUGUAGAUUAAUUAAACACUUAAACAUUUUUUGAACAUUUGAGAGUGAUUGUCACACCCUGCAUCACAUACUGACGCAGGGUGUGAAGAGAGUUGAUUGGACAAAGAGAUACUUGUAGCCCAGCCGAAGCUGAGCAAUAGUGACAUCCAAGAGUCCGCUGACAUUGUUGGAUGCACCAUAGAAAUGUGGCUCCUCCUGCAUGAUAGAAUGAUGAUAAAUUGGCUGACUGAAUUCUGACUACCUUAGUCUCCAAUCGGUAAAGUUUAGUUGAAGUUGUUUUCGUGUUAUUGACCUCAAACUACCAGUGAACAGGACAGACUUGUGAUCUACUUUCUUAUGGAAAUAGAUUACCUUUACCACUUCAUUACUUCUAUCAUGCUUUUGAGAACCAGUAUGAGAUGGAACUCACAUCUCUACUCCACUGUCUACAAUUUUAUCGUACUUGUGCCUGGCUUCUGAUAAGAUCUUGUGACAACUGACACUCGAAGAUCAUUUAUGUAUGGUAGAGAAUUACUGACAAUUUUAAUGUAAACUUAGAUACAUUAACUUAUAAUAAUGUAAGGAGUGUGGCAAGUAGUUCAGUUGGAAGGGUGGAAGUCCAUUUGUUGUUACGUUCUCCAGUUUCUAUAUAAGUGCCAUCACUCUGACAACAAUAACACAGGAUAUACUAUAUCCUGAGAGGUGUCUUUCUCUCAGCGUACAUAUGCUGCGAGUUUACUUUAAUCCCUAAGAUAGGGAAUGAAGUAUUCAUGUCUAGUGGUGAAAAGGUUAUUGUGGAGACUCAACGACCACGGUGUAGUCGACUGACUUAAAGGGCACGUAAGUUCCCCGUCUUCUAAUAGCAUGUUCAUCUUUCCACUAUUAUCUAUCCUGUUAAAUACUAUCGUCUGUGCUUGAAUUAAAAAAAGAUCCUAGACUUCACCUUACGAAACAGACAAAACAAAUGCGAUAGUAAUUAUUGACAAGGUUGAUUAUAGCGGAAAAAUGAACAUGUUAUUAGAAGACGGAGGAACUUACGUGCCUCUUAAACCUCAUUAAUUAACCAACCACCCAACAACAAUGGCAUUAGCAGAGCCAUCAAUAUACUGAUUUGUUUAAGAGAAUAAUAAUUACAAACACACACACACACUAAAGGCCAUUAUCUUUGUUAUCUUCAGCAGAUCAUAACCUCGCUUGGUAAGAUAGAUAUUACAUCAGUGUUUCAUGAAUUAGAUUCAUUAAUUUUAUUUCUAGUCCCGUCACUUGUACCAGAAUAUUAAGAAAAAGAUUACAUGAUUUUCCCAAUUUAAUUUUAUCCUCCCGAUAGGAUUUUUUUUUUUCAUAAAUUGUAUAUCCUCUUCUCACGCUUCUGAGUUCUACAAUAAUAAAUAAAAUUAUAUGUUUAGAA